UCUACUCUGGUACUAACCGAAAUUACCAGCAAGCCCUCGCCCUCCUCCUCACUCUUACACAGUACGCUUCUCCUCCUCUUCUUCUUCUUCCUCUGCUCUCUUCUGCUCUGCUGCGAGAUCCCAUGUCGUCCUCCUCCUCCUCCGCGCUCGCCAAGGGCAAGUUCAAAUUCGAGGCGAAAGGAGGAGGGGCUCGGUCCUCCAUAUCGCUAGCUUCAUCCAAGGCCAAGAUCGCCAGCACCAAGCGAGCAGCGCCCACCCGAGGGAAGGCGGCCAAGAAGGUCUUCUCCCUGCCCGGACAGAAGUUUGAUCCUCCCGAGGAGAGGGAACCGCUCAGGAUAUUCUACGAAUCGCUGUCCAAGCAGAUCCCUUCCAGUGAGAUGGCUGAAUUCUGGUUAAUGGAGCAUGGGCUGUUAUCUCCCGAGAAAGCAAGGAAAGCCUAUGACAGGAAACAGAAACGGCAACAGCAGAUACGAUCGGGGACCCCUAUCAAGUCCACCAGCACUGUCACCAAACAUAAGCCUGAAACUUGGAAGAAACCAAUCACAUCGCACAAUGUGGACUCUUCCAGUUCAAAGGCCAAGAGAAGAGUCGAUUACAGCGAUGACGACGACGACUUCAUUGUAAAACUGAAGAGGUCCAAUUCCAGGGGGUGAUGAUAAUGAUGAUACAUUGGUUGGAUUCGGCGUAGUUUUCGGUCAACAAUAUAUCCUACAAGAAGCUAAUUCUCAGAUAAAUGAAAUUCCCACCUACAGGCUAGAGCAACAAUGGAUGUGCUAUAGAUAGAGUGCUCAGGAAGAGUUGUGCAGAGCGAACUGUCUCUGUUUACUGUUACUCUGGUGCGUCUGUAUUACAUAUUUGUGUUUAAAAGAGGAAAUAGACAAGAUUUGUUGGUAAACAAGUAAUGCAUGGUGAGCGAAUCCCAUUGAUAAAAGGUCA